AUGUCAAACAUCAAGUAUAUUUAUUUAAAGAAAAUCCACAAAGUGCCACCCUUAGUUAAUAAUUAUUACCUCCUCAUUGAAACCAUCAAGAACACUUAUCCAUAAUUGAAGGACAUUUAUCUUUUUGCAAUCAUUAAUUCAUGUAUACAUUUAAAAUACCACAAUAGAGAAUGGAGAAGUAGUUUAGGAAAUCAAUUCUGAUGUUACCUUUUAAUCUUUGAAAUUGGUGUGUCAACAAUAAGGAUUGUCCUCCAUUAAAUUAUUGGUAACAGAGAACCAGAAUUAUUAAGAAGUUUUAAAGGAUUCCUGGAAUCUGUUAAAUCAAAGUACAGUUGCAACAGAGAAGAAGAGUCAAGAUGCUUCAACUAACUUUUAGCCUAGUAAUUAAGAUUAGUGCCAAUAAAGUGCACCAUAAUUAGGGAAUAUAGGGUAAACGUAUUUAAAUAAUUGUGUUUAGAACUUAAGCAAAAGCUUAAUAAAUUGAUAAUUCAUCAAAUACUAAUGCUUUUGACUUUCGAAAUAAUUAAUAGCUUAAAGAGCUAAUCGAUGAAAUCAUAGAUUAAAAGCUAAGAGAAUUAGGGUUGUUAAAAAAUAAUGAUGAUUAAAUUGAUCCUUCUGAUUAUAAAUUUUCGUUGACCAAAAAAAAUCACAGAUACUAGGCAAUUAUCAAUUAGGACCUUAAGGUUGCCUUAUGCUUUAAGAAUAAUGGCAAUAAGAAGUGGUUUAAUCCAUAUAUAACAAAUACAGGAAUAAAUCUACAUUAGAAAUUUAAAGACUUGGCUCCAGGUGAAUGUACAUAAGUUGAUGUUUCCAUUCCCUACAUAGCAUAGCAUUUUUAUGGAAAUCCACAAUACGCCUAUAGAUUCAAAGUAAAUCAUAUAUCCUAAAAUUAGAUCUAUGCUGAAAAUGAGAAAGGAUAAAUUUGCGAGGUUUAUGGCGAGAUUCCAUUCUUGGUAAUGGCUCCAGAAAAUAUUAAAUUAUCUCCAGAGGAAUAAAAAAUAUAAAAAUUGAAGAGCAUCUUCCCUUAAAUAGGUGAGUAAUAGAUUGUCAAAUUUGUUCAAGAGCAAAGCUAGGCUAAACCUAUUGAUUAAUUGAUUGAAGAAUUAUUGAAGUGAUAUUUAUGGAAUUAUUAAUUAAAAUGUGCUGAAUAUAUGAUUGGG